GACAACUUGGAAAACUUCUCCGGGGAGGACGGCAGGGGCGCCGGGGGCAGGUGGAAGAGGAUGUAGGAGGGCAGUGGCUGGCCCCAGGCACCCCUCGAUCUCCUAGGCCCCGUUCGGCCUGGCCAUGGGGCUCCAGCGCCUUCUGCGCCGCCAGGGGGUCGAUCCUCCCGUCUAGGCUAGCAGGGUGGGACGGUGCUGUCGCCGGCUGAGCAGGCGCUGGGAGAGCAGCGACCCCUCCGGCCGCGUCCCACUCCGCCAUGGACCACCAGGAGCCCUACUCGGUGCAGGCCACCGCGGCCAUCGCGGCGGUCAUCACGUUCCUCAUCCUCUUCACCAUCUUCGGCAACGCGCUGGUCAUCUUGGCCGUGCUGACGAGCCGCUCGCUGCGCGCCCCGCAGAACCUGUUCCUGGUGUCGCUGGCCGCUGCCGACAUCUUGGUGGCCACGCUCAUCAUCCCUUUCUCGCUGGCCAACGAGCUGCUGGGCUACUGGUACUUCCGGCGCACGUGGUGCGAGGUGUACUUGGCGCUCGACGUGCUCUUCUGUACCUCGUCCAUCGUGCACCUGUGUGCCAUCAGCCUGGACCGCUACUGGGCUGUGAGUCGCGCGCUCGAGUACAACUCCAAGCGCACCCCGCGCCGCAUCAAGUGCAUCAUCCUCACCGUGUGGCUCAUCGCAGCCGUCAUCUCCCUGCCGCCGCUCAUCUACAAGGGCGACCAGGGGCCCCAGCCCCGCGGGCGCCCCCAGUGCAAACUCAACCAAGAGGCCUGGUACAUCCUGGCCUCUAGCAUCGGGUCCUUCUUUGCACCCUGCCUCAUCAUGAUCCUUGUCUACCUGCGCAUCUACCUGAUCGCCAAACGCAGCCACCGCAGAGGUCCCGGGGCCAAGGCGGGCCCUGGCGCGGGUGAGUCUAAGCAGCCCCGCUCAGUCCCUACGGGAACGUCAACCAAACUGCCAACCUUGGCCUCUCCGGCUGCUUCUGAGGAGGCCAACGGACACUCUAAGCCUACGGGGGAGAAGGAGGGGGGGGAUACCCCUGAAGAUCCUGGGACCCCUGCCUUGCCACCCAGCUGGUCAGCCCUUCCCAACUCAGGCCAGAGUCAGAAGGAAGGUGUGUGUGGGGCAUCUCCAGAGGAGGAAGCUGAAGAGGAGGAGGAGGAAGAGUGUGAGCCUCAGGCCUUACCAGCGCCUCCUGCGGCAGCCUGCAGCCCACCCGUGCAGCAGCCACAGGGUUCCCGGGUGCUGGCAACCCUACGGGGCCAGGUGCUCCUGGGCAGGGGUGUGGGCACCGCGAGUGGGCAGUGGUGGCGGCGGCGGGCGCAGCUGACUCGGGAGAAGCGGUUCACCUUCGUGCUGGCCGUGGUCAUUGGCGUUUUUGUGCUCUGCUGGUUCCCCUUCUUCUUCAGCUACAGCCUGGGAGCCAUCUGCCCACAGCACUGCAAGGUGCCCCACGGCCUCUUUCAGUUCUUCUUCUGGAUUGGCUACUGUAACAGCUCGCUGAACCCCGUCAUCUAUACCAUCUUCAACCAGGACUUUCGCCGUGCCUUCCGAAGGAUCCUUUGCCGCCAGUGGACCCAGACGGCAUGGUGAGCCACCUGCCCGCCGCCCAUGUGGGCUUGGUGCCAGGUGGCACCAGGGCCACCCCGAUUCCUGCCCUGCUUUCUGUGGCCACCUCCCUGGGGCUUUCUGGUUCCUGCCUGGGGCCUGCAGGCCUCCCCUUGGGAGCCCCCCUGGAGGGGUAGGGGCAGGGGUGCUGUUCACUGGGGGUCCAUUUGAAGCCUCCAAAGCCAGCCAGGAUAGAGCCCUUCCCUCCCAGGACCCCAGACCCCGGCAAGGCAAUGGGUGGGCUUUCCUUCAGGACUCUGUGUUCCCUGGCUGGUCACUUGUUUGUGGUGGUUUCUUUCUCAUCUUCCCCGGGUUAAGAGCAGGAAGCCAGCCUUCCAUUUUUCCCCAGAGCACCUGCCACUGAGGAGGAGGCAGAACUGAGGGACCCACGCUGGAUGCCCGGGGUCCCCAUCUGGCACUGGGUGGGGGGCUUAUGGUCUGACGCUGCUUCUGGGGCCUUCUCCCCUUUCUACCUACUUUUUGGGGGAUCUGUAGCUCCUUUAAAAGCCAGAACGUUUUCUGGAAUCAUUUUUCUCACCCGGCACCCCUCUGGGAGGUGCGUGUGUGCCAGUGGACGCCUCGCCUUGGUGGGGUGGUCUGGAGGCCUGGCCUCUGCCUGACGGGAGAUCCCUGAUCACUAGCAUUCACCCCCUGCAAAAACCCCGGGCACUUGCUGCUGGGAGAUGAGAGGCUUUGCAGAAAGCUUUGAGCUCCGUGGGGGAACACACUAGAGAACCAGAAAAUGUGAUUAUUUGGUGAUAUAAAAAUCCCCUUUCUCUGUGUUUACCACCACCUGUCUUCCUGUAGACUUUUGUUCUGUGCCUGGGGUGUGUGAAUUCUUACCCCAGACUGGACGUGGGGAAUGGUAGAGAGAACCACUCUUUCAGUCAAAGGAUUUCUUCGAGAACGUGUUCUUGCGCCGGCAAGGGUUUAGUUAUUAUGCUCCAUGACAACUUCUUGACAUUUCACCCACAACACCAAUGGGGUUUUCAGGGGCUUGGGCCCCCCAGUGGGGGAAAAGUCUUUUGUCAUCGAGCAGGUUAAUUGUUUUCCCAAGAUGGCUAAAAAUACCCACACCAUGGGAGCAGUCUGGGAUGAGAGCCUGGGGUGGGUGACAGAAACCCCAGGUAGGGUGCUGCAGCCAGAACAGGUGAGUGAGGGCCCUGUGGACUCCUGCAGGAGGU